CAUGCGUUACAAGUCACUUCCGGUAAAGCAGGGGCGGAGAUUUGACAGUAGGAAAAAGACAAAUCUAACGUUAUUCUUGCUGUAAGAUGUGAAAAUUUAAGAUGAGACUGGUUAUUAGUCGUGAAAUGGUGUUAUUCAACAUUUGAAUAUGUUGUCAAGUCUACUCAAACAGCACCAGGCGAAGCAGCAGGUGCGGAAAGAAAAACAAGAAAAGAAGAAGAAAGAAGCCAUAGUAGCGUCAACUGCCUUGACUCAUGCACUAGUUGACCAUCUGAAUGGAGGAGUGGCCCAGGCUUAUGUUAACCAGAAGAAGCUAGACACAGAGACAAAGAUCCUGCAAGCAAAUGCAUGUCAGUUCUCCAAACAGACCGUCCAGUGGCUGAAACUUGUGGAGGAUUUCAACACCUCACUCAAGGAACUUGGUGAUGUAGAGAAUUGGGCCCGGAGCAUAGAGACGGACAUGAGGACCAUCUCUAGUGCUCUGGAGUACGCUUACAGGAAAAGUAAGUAAACUGAGUGAGAUGGAACAAUGUUUGGACUUUGGGGAAUGCUGCAGGACAAGGUGGAGAUUUCCAAGUUACUUGAAGAACACAGGAUAUCAUGGAUAAACACAGACUUUCAAUGUUGGGAGGAGGUUGUUUAUUUACAUGACAGAUAAUAUUUAACUUAUAAUGGUUGAGAGUUGAGAGUGCUCAGUGAACCUGGUUAUAGUCGGCCAGUUUAAGUAUCUAGUUAUAUAGGAACUUGGUUAAUCUGGAUACUAUGGUUUCUGUUUACAGUUGAACUUGGUUAGUCUGGAUACUAUGGUUUCUGUUUACAGUUGAACUUGAUAAGUCUGGAUACUAUGGUUUCUGUUUACAGUUGACCUUGGUUAAUCUGGAUACUAUGGUGUCUGUUUACAGUUGACCUUGGUUAGUCUGGAUACUAUGGUUUCUGUUUACAUUUGAACUGGGUUAGUCUGGCAAAUGAAACCCGGUUAGUUUAGAGUCUGGUUUCUUUGUACAGUUUGUACAGUCUGGUUUCUUUGUACAGUGCAAUCUUGGUUUUUGUGUGCACUGGAACCUGUUUUCAGAACUGUUGUUUAUAAUAAUAAUUAUAUAUAACAUAUGAUAUAGAGGCAUAGUGCCCUAUCUUGCUAGCCCAAGUUUCUCUAAAGCACUUCACAGUACAAAGAUAUACAAUUUAUACAAUCAAUACAAUUAGCAUAUACAUUAAUCAAUACAAUUUUGAGGAAUUCGCAGG